GCUGGGCUCAGUUCCUGGGCGGGGCCGGAGUAGCGGAGGGAAGUUGAGGCGAAGUUGCGAGAGUCGCCUUCUCGGCGCUGCCCCCGCCCGCCUGCCCGCCUUGCCUUUCCCUCGCCGCCCCUUGAGUCCCCAACCUCCCUCGCCCCAGCCUCCCGAGCCUCAACCCCGCGCCGUCCGUCGAAGCUUCCUCCUCCUCCUCCUCUUCCUCCUCAGCCAUGGCUGAAGAGAAGCCGCAGGUCGAGCUGUUCGUCAAGGCUGGCAGCGAUGGAGCCAAAAUUGGGAAUUGCCCCUUCUCCCAACGACUCUUUAUGGUUCUCUGGCUCAAGGGAGUGACCUUCAAUGUCACCACAGUGGACACCAAAAGGAGAACUGAAGCCGUGCAGAAGCUUUGUCCUGGAGGCCAGCUCCCAUUCCUGAUGUACGGGACCGAGGUCCAUACGGACACUAACAAGAUUGAAGAAUUCCUGGAAGAAGUUCUGUGCCCUCCUAAGUAUCCAAAGCUGGCUGCUAAUAACCCUGAAUCUAACACAGCUGGCCUUGAUGUCUUUGCCAAAUUCUCUGCCUAUAUCAAGAACUCAAACCCAUCCCUCAACGCCAACCUUGAGAAAGGUUUACUGAAAGCAUUGAAAGUGCUGGAUGUUUAUUUGAUGACGCCUCAACCCGAAGAGGUGGACGAGAACAGCGCGGAAGAUGAAGGACAGUCCAACCGCAAAUUUCUUGACGGAAAUGAACUUACGUUGGCAGACUGCAAUCUGCUGCCCAAACUCCAUAUCGUCAAGGUGGUUUGCAAGAAAUACCGUGACUUUACCAUUCCUGAGGAAUUCCGCGGCAUCCAUCGCUAUCUUAAGAAUGCCUACGCGCGUGAGGAGUUUUCUAGCACCUGCCCAGAUGAUGAAGAAAUUGAAUUAGCUUAUGAGCUGGUUGCCAAAGCUUUGAAGUAGUAAACUUUUAAAAUGUGGAGAAGGGACACAGGGCUUCGCUGGCAGGGAUUCUUGGAUUUGGGCAUCUCUGCGGGUAUUUUAACAUAUGUAUUUGUGUCUGGCCACCGGAGGGGGAGUGUCUGUUUUCUGGAGGGAAAAAAUGAUUCAAAUUUAAAUAUGAGCAAAUAUGAAAUAAAUAAAAAAAUACAUGUUUUUAAAAAUA